CCUCCCCCUUCCUCGUAGCCGUCUUCCUCCGUGUUCCCCGGGCGGCGGCGCACAACACCUGUUCGACGGAACGCCGCUCCGGGGCGGGAAGCUUCGACCAUGGCGAGCGGGGAGGACCGCAUAAGCGCCCUCCCGGAGGACAUCCUCCACCAGGUGCUCCGCCUCCUGCCGGCUCAUGAGGUGGUGCGGACGUGCUUGCUCGCCCGGCGCUGGCGCGGCGUCUGGAGGUCCGUGCCCACCCUCUGCUUCACCGGAGCCAAGGGGUGGGGCAGCGCCGACAGGUUCGCCCAAUUCGUGGACCACUUGCUCCACCUCAGGUGCGGGGGCGACGGCCCGCCUCUGGAUUCCUGCGAUUUCGACUUCGAUCACGACGGAUUCAUGCUGUGGCCCGCAAACAAGCGGCGUGCCAGCAUCUGGCUCUGGAAGGCUCUGCCUCGUGUCCGGGCGCUGGGCCUUUGUAUCGUCGAGGAGCUGGAAACCUGGACACGAUUAUCUGAUAAGCAUCUCUUCUCCCAGCAGCUCACUAGAUUAGAGCUUGCUGGAGUCAGUGUCAGCGACAGCGUCGUUGAUUUUUCAGGCUGUCCGGCAUUGGUGCAACUGAGUAUGGAUUAUUGCGAUGUUUUUGUCAGACAGCUGGUGUCUCCAUCCUUGAAACAUCUGCGCGUUACCCGCUGCUAUACUUCUCGCGAUUACCGCAUUCUUAUUUCUCUACCAAAUCUUGUUUCGCUCGAGUUCAUCCAGUGGGGCGAAGGAAGGGCUCCAUUGCUUGGAAGCUUGCCGCAGUUAGCAAGAGCUGAUAUUUUUCUUAACGGGGAUUGUGCUGAUCAAUGCUCUGAGGGUCGGUUUGAUGGUUGUGAUGCUGAUGACAGUGAUAUCUGUUAUGGUUGUUAUUAUUAUUAUGGGGAUCCUAUACAUGGGCCUCAUUAUGACUGCAACAACUGCAUCGUUCUCAAAGGUUUGUCAGAAGCCACAGACUUGGAGUUGACAGCUUAUCAUGAUCCGACUGUUUUGAACAGGGAUUUGAAGUGGUGCCCUACAUUUACCAAGUUAAAGACUUUGCUACUCAAUGAUUGGUGUCUGGCUGCUGACCACAAUGCACUAAUUUGUUUUCUCCAACAUGCACCAAUUUUGGAGAAGCUUACCAUUCAACUUCCUGAGAAACCUUCAUAUGUAACUGGAGCAGAAGGAAUAUACAAACCAUUGGGACAGUCAGUUGCAUCCAACUGUCUUGAGAUUGUUGAAAUCAAAUGUGCAAAUGUCGAUAGCAGGGUUCACAAAAUUCUGAAGAUUCUGACUAUGUAUGGCAUACACCUUGAGCAAAUUAGUGUCCAACAGACUUGCAAAAUUCCUGGAUCUGGAUGUUUCAAUUUUGUUUGCACUGGUUUCUGCUAAAACCGUAGGGACAAAAUUUGUAUACAUAUAUAAAUGAAGGAAAGGUAAAAAAAAUGCUUGCUGGUUAAAGUUUGGAUGUAAACCAGUUGAUGAACACUUUGUCGUUAUUCCUAGAUCCAAUGAUGAAAAUAGGGAAAAUAAUUGAGGUACAUCACUACAAGACUCAACCAUAACCUAAGUGCCCUCAUUUUUUGCAUUUUUAUGCUGCAAUGUGGCAUCAUUAUUUUCGUUCAAUAGUUUAUACCAAUAGUCAAUCCACUUACACAUUGUGAAUAAUACCAAUGGAAGGGUCAGGUGGUCUUAUGCGCUGAAAAUAUGCCGCAUUCCUGUGGCCAACCUUUUACUAUUUUGUUGGAAUGACCUCAACAAACUACCAAACAGCUGAUCGACAGAUUAAGUUGUCCAGAAGGUAUAAUUCCCAUUCCAGAAGCACAACCACAAAUUUGACCAAAUAAAUGUAGCUAGGAAAGUUGACACAUCAGCAACAGGUGAUCGACAGAUUCUGCGGCAUGCACCACAAAAUUCACAGGCAUUGCUACCUUUCCAUCCGUUUUGAGCUUAUUAUUCUUAGUUAACUCUCCAUUCCUCAAAACAGUCCAAAGAACAAAUUAAUUUUCAGCGGCAGUCAAAGUUCAUAGUGGUUUUGAAUAGGUGAAAGACAGAUUUGAGUUGUCAGAGCUGGAUAAGAGGAAUGUACUGAGAACUUAAUCUCAAACUCUUGUUUCUCUUAUUUAAAUGCACUUCAGCACAUUCCUUAUAUAACUGUUGGAUUGUUAAUUAGAGAUAUCUGUCUUCUGUUGAUCUCAAUAUAUAUGCU